GCUUAAUGUCAGCAAUAUGGGGCAUCAGGUGAUAAUAUUUGAUUUUUCUGCCAUAAGAGGCUUGUGGGAAAUUCGAGUAAAGAAGCACAAAGACCGGCAAAAGGAAGAGAAGCAAAGAUUAGAAAAAAGCUCAUUAGAGAAGAUAAAGGAAGAAUGGAACUUCAUGCUAGAAUGCAGAAAGAAAGGAAUUCCACAAUCCAAAUACUUAAAGAAUGGGUUUGUAGAUACCAGUAUGGAGAUUUUGGAUAAAAUGGAAAAGAACUCUCAGCUCCGUAAGAAGCGUGCUUUGUCAGAUGCAUCAGACAAGGAAAGAAGCAAAUAUAUUUUUCAAAUUUCUGGUGAGCACUGGACGGAAAUCCCAGAUUCAUUGAAAGAACAGACACAUCUGAAAGAAUGGCAUAUAAACAACACAAAGAUACAAACCAUUCCAGCUUACAUUGCCUUGUUUCAGGAGCUGAAAGUCUUGGAGUUAUCAAAAAACCAGAUCACGCAUCUCCCAGUUGAAAUUGGGUGUUUAAAAAAACUCAAGGAACUCAAUGUGAGUUUUAAUAAUUUGAAGAGUAUCCCUCCAGAACUGGGAAACUGUGAGAAUCUGGAAAAACUGGAUUUAUCUGGAAAUCUAGAAAUAAUGGAGCUCCCAUUUGAACUAAGUAACUUGAAGCAAGUCACAUUUGUGGAUGUUUCAGCGAACAAGUUCCCAUCUAUUCCCAUUUGUGUGCUCCGCAUGUCAAGUUUGCUGUGGUUGGAUAUGAGCAGCAACAACUUGAAAGAUCUCCCACAAGAUAUAGACAGGCUAGAUCAACUUCAGACACUUCUCCUGCACAGAAACAGGCUGACUUAUCUUCCACAUGCUUUGAUCAAUAUGAAAAAACUCAGUAUGCUGGUAGUCAGUGGUGAAGAGUUGGUUGAGAUGCCCACAGCUAUUUGUGAAUCAACCACAGGUUUGAAAUUUAUAAGCCUCAAGGAUAACCGUUAUGAAACAAUCCCAUGCCAAGAAACUGAAGAAAUAGAAAGUGAACGUGAUCGGGAGAAAUUUGAGAAAGAAUUUAUGAAAACCUACAUUGAAGAUCUGAAGGAAAGAGAUUCUGUUCCUGCCUAUACUACUAAGAUAUCAUUUAGUCUCCAGCUAUGAAGAUCUGAAUUUUCGAAUCACUGGUAAAUACCAGAAAAACCCCACUAUUACUGCCCCUGAUCAGCUGAUUGGUGGCCAGCUCCAGAGGCUUGAACUAGCCUGGAGGGUACCUGGAGCAAACAUCAAAAUGGCAAACAUCAAAAAUAUAGACUGAAAUAAGAGCCUUCUAAAAAUAUUCAUAGAAUUUCUUGUUUGUUACCAAAUUUGCUUUCAACAGGUAUAGACAAAAUGCAAGAACUGAAUAGUUUUCAUCAGAAGCUAUGUCACUUUUCAAAUCAUUAGCAACUUUUAAAAUCAAUGGCAUCAGAUUAGGCCCUUUUAGCCUGCAAACAAACUUUAGCUUAAUUUUACAGCUGGGAGUAAUACUAGUGAAAUUAAGGGGGUAAUUCUUGGUAGUCAAAAUACUAUGUGCAUGUGUGUUUGCAGGAUCAGAGUGUUACUCAAUGGGUGCAUCUACACGAGAUGUUUACUGUGCAGUUGACUAAUUAGCUGUGCAGUAAACAUUGCACAUCUACAUAUGUGCCCCUACUAAACUGGAGUAAACUAAUUUACUCUGGUGCAGGAUAGUACUUGUAAAUACUCUUUAAAAUACAAGUACUAACCUGCAGCUGAGUAAAAGCUCCAAAGCAGUGUAUAUGUAGAUGCUGCACUGGCUGGCUUGAGCCUGGGGGUGCUUCAGUGUGGGGACUGCCUUCAGGCUAGCCCCUUACUGAAGCACCCUCAUGCCCCAACCAGCCACUCUGCAGCAUGUUGGACCAGGGGCAGCAGCCCCAGACUGGUAGGCUGCCCCCCCUGGACCUUCUGCCAGCCAGGACUACUCUGACCAAGCUCAAUAUGCUGCAGUCCUGGAUGCAUGUGUAAAUGCACACCCAGGAGCAAUAAACCCCAGUGCGACAAACAUUGGAGUUUAUUGUAGCAUAUUGAUAUGCACAUGUAGAUGCACUUAGUAGCUGCUUUAUGUUUCAUUGUGGUUCAUUUGACAAAAAGAUUUGAUCUUGUAAUAAAACAGAAAAGUGCAUUUAAAAAGUGAAUGUGAUCUAUUCGACCAAAUGACUAAUUCAGUUCUUUAUUUCUUUGAAAUAUAGGCAUACAUAUGGCUAUGUGGUUGAAGAGUGAUAUUGUUUUCUUCCUGCUGUUCAGACAUUUCUUUCUUCUCUGGUUUUUCAAUUUAAAUAAUUUCUAACAAGUAGAUCUCAUUCUACACUUGACUGGAAAUAUUUGUGGUAAACAGGAUUAUCAAGAAUGACAUGGCAAUGAUUUUACAGGUCUUCAAAAGAAAAAAGAAAUAAACCAAAGUUUGACUGAAAAGACAGUAGCUAAAUAGUUUAAAAUGGAGUAUUUCUACUAAUAUAGAUAGCUAUGAAUCACAAUGUAGUAUUUUUUUAUUGAAUGCACAUGUCUUAGCUAUAUAAGUGUCAUGAUUUUGCUGGUUAUGAAAUUUUUGUUUUGUGUGUUAUACAGUAAUUUGUUAUACAUAAUUCUGUAAGUGUACAUACUUCAGAGCGCUUCAGAGACUUAGUUUUGCAUAUAUUUUUCAUUUAAUAAAUCAAUUCUUUUUAAUCAAAUAGCAUUUGAAACUUGAAGCCUUUAAUUUUAAUAAUGCUAAGCUAUGUGUUUUUGCAGAAAAAUGUAACAAUAAAUAGUAAGAUUAAAAUGAUCGCAUGUACAAUUCUUGUACUGUACAGAUGACAUCUAGCAGACCUAGUAAUGUGGGGAAAAAUAGAGCAGAGGGGUUUUUUUUCCCCA